AUCAACAAAACUGUGUGUGACAAUCGAUUGUCAGCUGAUUAAAUGGUUUGCCUGCGGCAACCCCAAUCCAAUUCGCUGCGAAAACUGACAGCUUGACGAACGUUCGUUUGUUUCGUGAAGUUUCGAACCGUGCGACGGUGUUCACUUGUUUGUCGUAUUCACCGAAGACCGCAUGUCUUUUGGAGUGUGUUGCAUAUCAUUUAGCGCGUAAACUAUGUUAUAGAGAUUUUGUUUCGCGCAUCAGCGAACAGUCAGAGAAAGAGAACACCGCGAUAACAAGAAAUUCAAAAAAAUCUUUCUAACGGAUUUAAUUUUUCGUGUGCGCCGGACGUGUUUAAAAAAGUGCUCCGCAUAUUUUGACGACCAGAUUAAAUUGAAUUCCACUUGAGUUUAGAGCUUUUUCUCGUUUUUUUUCUUGUCAAAUUUUUUUUUUUCUGUAAUUUUGUGAACGUUUUGUCAUUGAAUCGUUGUUGAAGUAAAAAAAAUGGAUGAAAAUAUACCGUCAGCAAUACCGUCGCGUGUCACCCGAUCACGUCGCGCAUCGGUGGAAAGUCCGGUGGCUAGUCCAGCUAGGAAGACUCGCUCCCGUACACUCAAAAAUAUCACCGAAAAUGACACGGAGAGCGUCGGUGAUUUGAAUGAUGCUGCAAGUGUUGCUAGCUCCGGAUCGAUGAAAUCAUGCAAAGUGCUAUUGCGUCGCGAAAAUUUCGACGAAAUGAACACAAACACAACCGCCGAUGAUCGUUUGGUUGCGCACAGUACACGUUCACGUCGUAGCUCACAGUUAACCGAAGAAAAUGUGUCGGCGGUAUAUUCGAGUGCACCACGGCGUUCGUUGCGUGCGGGAAGUGUUAUUUCUGAUGACACCGAAUCGACUCAAAUUUCACGGCCACGUUCCGCACGAUUGGCUCAAUCGCAGAAUACACCGAAAAAAGAUAGUGCCCCUCGACCAUCGGCAUCGGCGCGUCGCAGUUCUCGUUUGCUUUCGGAAAAUGAAAAGGCUGCAGAAUCGCCAGCCAAAAUCACGCCGGCUCGUCGCAACACGCGCAGUAGCGUUGCUUCGGAGGAUCAGUUGUCGCCAACGCGGCGCACAUCCAGCCGGUUGACCGAAUCGCAGGGUACACCGAAAUCGUUGAAGACAAAAGCGAGCAAAAUCAAAGUGGAACCAACAACACCACGUCGGGCAUCGAUGCGAGUGAACAAGAGCAUCAUUGCCACCGAUAUUAUCGAUGAAGAGCCAACAGAUGAAGAAAUCGAUGAAACUGUCAUCGAAAAGCCAAGCAAUUCGAAGCAGCCCGUGAAAUUGAGGGAAAAUUUGAUCAUUGAAGUAGACGAUGAGGAUGAAAGCAACGGUGAAAAGAAGGAAAUUGAAAGCAACGCUACGAAAGAUGGUCAUAAACGUAAAGUGCAAGCCGACGAUGAACCAAUUGUCAUUAAUGAGCCAGAGCUCGUGGAUGUCAAUACGAUUCCGGCCGAAGAACGAAAAUCAGCUACUAAGGAAAAGGUAACUUUGUCAUCGGAUUUAGUCAAAUCGCCUCGUGUUGAUGCAUCAAUCAAAUCACCGAUUUUGAAAACGGCAUCCAUGCCAAUGUCACCAGUCGUUUUGAUCGCAACCACCACGUCCCAUUCGCCAAAACUUAACACGUCAUUGCCAGAGGCCCAAACACCGACCUUUGAACCAGUCGAACCAAUGGAAAUGUCCAUGACUGAAGCGAUUGAGCCAACAGGCACUCCGAAAGGUAAGCCACAGAAAAUCGUCGAAAGUUCAGAAACUCCGCAAAUCAAUUCACCAAAAAUCAAAGCAGUGGCAAGUGAUUUGGAUUCAAUGGAUGUGACUGCUAUGGUGAAUGAGAGCAUUUUGUCACCCGCUCCAAUCAGUUCAAAGGAAAGCCGCAGAAAGAGCAAUGUGUCCGUGGCUGAUACAACACAAACGGGAAGUGAUACGAUUGAAAGCGACAAAUUGGAUGAUAGCCAAAGCAACCAAGCAUCAAGUGCGAAUGUUCCAAGCAUUGAACCAGAGGCCAAGGAUGGUGUGGAAGAAAUGGAAGUUGACACUGAACCAGCUCCGGAAGCUGAUAAAGGUGAGGCAUAUGAAGAAAUGAUUAUUUCGAACAAACCUCUCGAAAAUAUCAAACGUGCAGAGUCGAGCACACCAAAAUCUAAGGCAAGUACAUCAAAUGCCAAUGAAUCGUUCGAUGUGUCACCUUUAGUUCAAGAGGAUGAAAAAUUAACACCAACGCCACAGUCGACAAAGAAAUCAUCAAAACGACAGUCGCUGAACGAUACCGUUCAAUCAACCGGUUUCGAUCAAAUGGAAGUGACUAUUUUGGCUGAAGAAUCAACUAAAAAAACGAAAAAGAUCAAAUCGGGUACGCCAAAGGAUUCGCCCAAGCCAACGGCUAAAGAUACACCUGAGAAGGCAAACACGCCUAAAUCAAGUGCAAAAACACCACAGAAAGAAAAGAGCAUUGAUCAAGAAGAUGAAGAAAUGUUCGAUGAUACAAGCGAAAUGUCAAAGACCAAAACACCGGUAAUGUUCCGCCCACCGCGAGAAUCCACAUUUGGUGGAAUGUCGGUGAGCUUGAGCGAAGCGAUAAACAAUCUCGUGGCUGGUUUGGAAACCCCCGUAGCAAACGAACAAAAUGAUCGUCCCACAGCCGUAACAGAAACAUCAGUUGCUGCCAAAGAAAUUGAUCGUCAAAUUGAUGAAAUUGCUGAAACAAUCACACCAGUCAGUGCCCAGAUAACUGAUCUUCGUUUUGAAGAGAUUGUUUCGGAAUUGACUCCGACCACAUCAAAGGCUGAUGAACCACAAGCCUUUGAUGAAGUUCAGGAAGUAACAACCGAAAAGAAUGACACAGCAAUUGGCAAAGACAAGGAGGAGAGCAUUAUUGUCGAACCAGAUGUGUCAGUGGUGGAUGAAACGCAAGCAGAACUGGAUUUAUCAACACCCAUGGAUGAGGCUCCACCACAAAAAAGUACUGCCCCCAGUUCGAAGAAUGAGCGAAAAUCAGUUCAAAUCAUGACGCCCGUUGGUGAUAAAAAUCAGAAAAUGCUCAUGAAACGAAUUGAUACGCCGUAUCCCGGUGAAAAGUCCAUCACGGAAGCAACCGCCGCCAAUCGUUCGAAGAGCGACGAACGCAACAAGAAACGCGAAGCACGUGCCGAAGCUAGAGAAAAUCUUCAAAUAUUACGAGAUUCAUGGAGUAAAUCGAUCAAGCGAAACUCACUGUCAAACGAGCCGUCAAAACCGAUCGAUGCCUUGGGUACUGCCGAUACCAGCAGUAAAAUCGAUGAGCAACCCGCAAAGAAGGCAGUGCCUGCACGCAACAAUUGGAAAGGUCUGGUUGAUAGCGAAUCGGAGCCAGAGGAGGAUGAACUGAUUCCCGAAAGUGAUGAAGGUAGCGAUAAUGAAGGCGAAGAGGAAGAAGAAAGUGGAAAUGAAUUCGUCGAUGAUGUUGUCGAGGUGAUUGAAGAUUAUGAAUCGGGUGAUUCCAUGGACGAGGAAGAAAGACGUGAAAGAGAAGAAAACGAGAUUGAUGAAGGCCAAUACAUCGGCAGUGACGACACGGAAGACGAGGAUGAGGACGAUGAUUAUGAAGACGAUGGAUUCAUUGUGGAUGAAGGAGAGGAAACCGAUGCAUCGCUGUCAGAAGAGGAAGAGGAAAUUGUGGUGGUUCCGAAGCCAAAACGCAGAGCAUCGCGCAUCAUUGAGCCGAGCAGCUCUGAGGAAAGCGAUGGUGAAAGUACUGCAGAUAGCAAUGAUAUUGUGGCCGUUUCAGUGGAACUUGUUCCCGAAUCGGUUGUUGUGGUUCACCGCAAUACACCAGAUGCUGAAGAACUGGUCGAAGGUAAAACAUUCCCCACCACAUACUUGAUGCCUAUGGAGGAGGAUGAGGUAAAAUCGACCAAGACUACCAAGCCUGUUCAGUCGAGCGCCAAAGAGGCCAAAGCAAACCGCACUUUGGACGAAGAAAGACAAACAGAGGAAACUCGUCGAGAAAACAAAGUCUCAGCUCAAGCUGUUGAACCAGCCACUUCGUCAAAUGCGAAUGAAUCGGUUCGUGAAAAGCGAGACGAUAUCAUGUUUGUUUCAGACGAAACAGCUUCAGAUAAGGCAAUAGAGCAGAAGGAAACUCAUAUCGAGAAAAUCGAAACAACAUUGCAGCCAACUGCCUUGUCAGAUGGCAAAGAGAACCAAACGGCUGCAAGAAAACCAAAGAAGAUUGUGGUCAAGCACCGAGCCUCACUUCCGGGCAUUGAUCGCUUGCCAAAAUCGUCGAUCGUCAAGAAAAAUAGUCGUGCGUCAUUGGGUGAUUUGAAUCCAAUUGCCCAAAACGUGAGCAUUACACAGCUCAAAACGCAGCCUAGCAAAGCAAAGGCUAGUGAAAAAUCACAGAGCCAGACGAAAAAUCGUGUUAGCAUGUCGAAUAACGGGAUCGCCGUCGAACAGGAUGAAACUCCAACCGCAAACGUGAGCUUGAGAGCGAAAGACUCAAAGAAUGCUGCGUUGGAUAUUUCAGCCGAGGAAAACAACAACAAUGAAAAGGCUUCAAAGAAAGGUGAAGCUGUCCUACAAACACAAAGUGAUGAAAACAUUCCAACAACAGAAGCAGAAUCAGCAGUAGACAGUGACACUGUAACAUCAACCUCAGAGAAUGUGGCAGAAGCAAGCGAAAAGAAGUCGAAAUUCAAGCGCAAAUUCAUCGAAAUCGAUAUUGAUGAAGAGGUGCAAGUACGGCCGAAGUCGAAGAAACUGUUGCGAAUCAUCAAUACGGCCAGUGGUCAGUUCAUUGAGGAGCCAAUGACACCAGAGAAGAAGAACAAAUUUGGUUUCCGAGAGGCACCACGUACCCCAGUUAAUCACGACUUCAAAGUUCAAAAGCGUGUCCAGUUUGCGCAGCCGGGUCGAUCAAACAAGCGAAAGAGCAUGUAUCUGAAUGAAGAUGAAGAAGUCGAUUUGCUAUUACCACGGCCAAAAUGGAAGAUCAACAUGCAAUUCGAUGCAGAGCAACCGAAGAAACGACCCCGCAAAUUGGAUUUGGGUUCAACCGAAGUCAUUCUCAAACCGUUGGAGCCCAAGAAAAAGAAAAAGCAAACCUAUCUGGUUCCGGUCGAAUUGGGUCGAUAUCGUCACAACAUUUUGAAUCGUGCCGGUAUUCCUCGCCAAGAUACCCGUGCUCUGUUGCGUGAACGACAAAAACGAAUGGCCUACAAAUAAGCCAGUUUAUCGUUCAUUUUUACUUUUGAAUUCCUUAUAAAGUGGAUUUUGUUCUAUUUUUAAGUCAGUUAAACAUUAUAUUGAAUCUUCUUAUGAAGUUGAACGAAACACAAAAAAAACAAUCGCCAAGCAACAGCUAUGCGCCAUGAAUCCUAUCGUGAUUUUCACAUGCUGAUUUGAAGGUUGUUAAGAUAAACGAAAUAUUAAAUUUAACACACCAAGACAUACAUACAUACACUCAUACAUACAUUGAAA